UCCACUAACCAGAAGAGACAACACUGGGAGCACCACUUCUGUGUCUGGGUAGCAGGGAAAGGUGAACUUUUUCUGUUUGGACUGAACAUCGACGGCAAUGGAGAAACAGAGAGAACGCAGCGAUGACUUUGAGCCUCAUCUGGUUGCUACCGGAGCCCUUGCUUCGCUGAGUAGCUUUCUCCGCCGUCUACCCAGUGGGUUUCGGGGUGAUUUCAGUCCGUCUCGUAGCUGCAGCCCUCGCCCGUCUCCUCGCCUUCCGUUCUCGGCGGGCGGCGCUGAUGGAACCAGAGCUCCGGGAGCGAGCUGCUGGCGCCUCGCCGCCAGGGGGCGCCAUCCGCCUGCCGUGCGUCGCGGUGCGCUUCCGGUUCCGGGCGCUUCUGGUUCCGGGGCGGGGCGAGGCGAGGCAGUGUCCGGCCCGGCGCGGCGGCGCGCUCCGCCAUGCCAUGUCCGCGCUGAACUGGAAACCCUUCGUGUACGGCGGGCUCGCCUCCAUCGUGGCCGAGUUCGGCACGUUCCCCGUGGACCUGACCAAGACGCGCCUGCAGGUGCAGGGCCAGAGCGCCGAUGCGCGGUUCCGCGAGGUGCGUUACCGCGGCAUGUUCCACGCCCUGUUCCGCAUCUGCCGCGAGGAGGGCGGCCGCGCCCUCUAUUCGGGGAUCGCCCCUGCGCUGCUGAGACAGGCGUCCUACGGCACCAUCAAGAUCGGCAUCUACCAGAGCCUCAAGCGGCUGUUCGUGGAGCGCCUGGAAGGCCUGGGGCAGCACGUGGCCUGGUCUCCUCUGGGAAGUGCUGUGAUGAAACGUUGCUAAUCAAUGUAAUCUGUGGAGUGGUUUCAGGGGUGAUCUCCUCUGCCCUUGCCAAUCCGACAGAUGUGCUGAAGAUUCGAAUGCAAGCUCAAGGCAGUUUGUUCCAGGGUGGCAUGAUAGGCAGCUUCAUCGACAUCUACCAGCAAGAGGGCACCCGAGGCCUCUGGAGGGGCGUUGUUCCAACAGCCCAGAGAGCUGCCAUUGUGGUUGGGGUGGAACUGCCAGUCUACGACAUCACCAAGAAGCACUUGAUUCUGUCAGGCCUGAUGGGUGAUACAAUCUUUACCCACUUUGUGUCCAGUUUUACAUGUGGGCUGGCAGGAGCAAUUGCCUCCAACCCUGUGGAUGUGGUGCGGACACGGAUGAUGAACCAGCGAGCGAUAGUGGGCAGUGUGGAGCUCUACAAGGGCACUCUGGAUGGUCUUGUGAAGACAUGGAAGAGUGAAGGGUUCUUUGCACUCUAUAAAGGUUUCUGGCCCAACUGGCUUCGGCUUGGUCCCUGGAACAUCAUUUUUUUUAUCACAUAUGAGCAACUGAAGCGACUUCCAUUCUGAGAGCUAGCUUCAUUCCACGAGUGUCAUCUUCAAGGCUCACAGCAGUGUUCUGCUGCAGCCUUCAUUUCACCAUCCCCACGUUUUGAUGUUUUGUUACGUGUGGGUCUGGAUUCUCCUCCUCCCCCACAUUCAUGGUCCCUGAAGGUUGGUUCUGACUGAAGUGUAACUGGGAGGCUGAUGGCAGGUACUGCAUGCUUUGUUCCACACAGAGGUGAGUGUUCACUGUGCACGAGUGUCUGGGCCUGAAGCAAUAUCUUCUGUGAAGAUCUGUGCAUUCCAGUGGCCUUUUGAUGCAGCUGUGGUUUGUUUGACUCACGUACUUUGUUCUGCCAUACCUGUGGGGUGAGGCUGGAAGCUGGACAGGGGUGCUGUCAUGUUUUCCUGCAACCUGUAACCUCAUUAAAUUAUUUAUUGACUGGA